CUUUCUUUCGGUCCUUUAACACUUAUAAGAUACACAUCUCAACUUCUUCCGAAAGAGUUAGCUUUACAGACAUGAAAAGUGUAAGUGUUUUGGUGUUCGCCGCCGUUUUGGCCGUCGUUUAUGGCCAGAAUAAAUAUACUAAUAAAUACGACAAUGUGGAUGUUGAUAUGAUUUUAAAAAAUGAGAGGGUUUUGACAAAUUAUAUAAAAUGUAUGAUGGAGGAGGGACCUUGUACUGCGGAAGGAAGGGAGUUAAAAAAAACGCUCCCUGACGCUCUUGCUUCCGGUUGCACCAAAUGCAACAUAAAACAAAAAGACACGGCUGAGAAGGUAAUGAAACAUCUUAUGUCAAGGAGGCCUAAAGACUGGGACAGACUUACCAAGAAGUAUGAUCCACAAGGAAACUUUAAAAAACGUUACGAGGAACACUUGCAAAAAGAAAAGAAAGCGGCUUAGAAAAUUAUCUUUAAAGAAGAUGAAAAGUCAAACAUUUUGUUGUGUUUAAUAAUUUUAUUGUAAUUUUUUUUUCACUUAGAAAGUUCGUAAAACAGUUUAGAUGUUAUUUAGUUUAAAAUAUAAUUUGAUUUGUAUUGACGAACUAAAUAAUUAUCUCGUGAAAGUGAAUAAAAAACUUUGCACCAAUUUUGCGGUUACUUACAAGAAGUGUUUAACAUUAUUUAGAAAGUGUUUCAAAUUAAGCAAGACUGAUGUUUAAUAAAAGAAAGUUGAUAAUCACAAUCUGAACAAUACUUGUACUUAAUAUUUUGUCGACAUUUACAUGUAUUAUGGAUACAUUAAUAAAAUUAUUUUUAGUUAAGUACUAGUUAAA